AGAUUGCUAAACAAAUUGUCUGCUUUUGGCGCCUUGGGCAGCGCUAGCUGCCAUGGCGACAGCUGUGAAGUUGAAUGUCUAUUACCAGCACCCUGUGUCCUACGACGAGAAGGGCAGGCUGCAGCAGCUGCCAAGCACGAUGCCACGGUGGCUGUCACACUGGACCAAAGACGUGGUCGGCGUGUACCACGUGGGAGUUGAGGUUCAUGGGAAAGAAUACUGUUAUGGGAUCUUCAACAAGAAGAAGGGCCGCAGUAUCGGAGGCCCUGACAGUGGCGUCUUCUGCCACCAGCCCCGCGACCCUGGCUGGGGAAACCAAUGGAAGUGCGAAGAGGUUCUGGGCAGCACCAGAUGCACUCCCCAGAAAGUGCUGGCCAUCGCCUUCAAGCUUGGCAAGACCAGGUUCGGCAGCCGGGCCUACAGCCGCACCGGCAACAACUGCGUGGACUUCGCCUCGGAGUUCCUACGGGAGCUUGGCGCGGAGGAAGUGCCGAGCUGGUGCCAGCGUGGCCUCCUCUUCUAUCGGGGAGCUGCCGGCGCCGUGGGAGCCGUGCAAGCCCUCUUCGGCACGGAGGAGGACGGAUCGGAGCCAGAUGCGACAGAGGAGAUUGGCAAACCCAGCCCGGGAGACCGGGCCAAAGUGCUGAAUGUUCCCAUGAUGAUCCCUGUCUACGCACCCCGGGUGAGCACGUCAUACGUGCCGCACAUGCCGGCGUACGCGUGCGCUUCCAACCAGCCAUAUCACUUUGCGCGCCAUGAGGCCUAUACACCUGUUUGGCGGGGCGCAACACCAGCGCUCCCGACCUUGCUGCAGACUCAAGGUUUCCCCCAAGCCUACGCAGUGCAGUCGAUGUCACUGUGAGGUGAUCUUUUUGCAAACCACUCCUUGAACCGAAAGGCGUCCAACACGGACGGCUUGAAGUUUGGGGAGGAGGUUCCGAGGAUUUGCCACAGGAGCAGUCCUCUUGGAAUUCGAGCUAAAUGACCUCCGCUGAACA